AUUCUUAAAAUUUAAUUUAAUUCUUAAACGUUCUUCAAUAACAAUAACACCGUGCGAAAUACAAGGAUGCGGUACGCACAGAUAAUAGUUGGUCCUGCUGGCAGUGGCAAGUCGACGUACUGCAGCUUAAUGCAGCAACAUGCCAUGGACUCCAAGCGAAACAUCCAGGUGGUGAACCUCGAUCCGGCGGCGGAGCACUUUAACUACAACCCUCUGGCGGAUAUUCGCGAGCUUAUCCACCUGGACGAUGCCAUGGAGGACGAGGAGCUGCACUACGGACCAAAUGGGGGCCUGAUCUUCUGCCUGGAGUUCUUGAUCGAAAAUCAGGAAUGGCUGAAGGACCAGCUCUGCGGCGGCGAAGAUGAGUUAAUGGUGGGCGAGCCGGAUGACGACUAUAUCCUGUUCGACAUGCCCGGUCAAAUAGAACUAUUCACUCACCUGAAGAUGGGCAAGCAGCUGGUGCAGCUGCUAGAGUCCUGGAACUUCCGCACCUGCGUCGUCUUCUGCUUGGACUCGCAGUUCAUGGUGGACGGGGCCAAGUUUAUAUCUGGGACCAUGGCUGCACUCAGUGUGAUGGCCAACAUGGAGCAGCCGCACGUCAAUGUGCUGACCAAAGUAGAUCUGCUGAGCAGUGAGGCGCGGAAGCAGCUGGAGAUGUACCUGGAGCCGGAUGCGCACAGUCUGAUGGGGGAGUUGACCAUAGGCACAGGUUUCGGCGAGAAGUACGCCAAGCUGACGGAGGCCAUCGGAUCGCUGAUCGAGGAUUUCAGUUUGGUGAGAUUUUUCCCGUUGGAUUCCCAGGACGAGGAGAGCGUGGGCGAUCUUCUGCUGCAAAUUGACAGUAUUUUGCAGUAUGGCGAGGAUGCCGACGUGAACGUAAAGGACUUUGAUGAGCCUGAGGAAGCGGAUCCGGAUAUAUAACUUUUCCAUAAAAAUUAAGCCUUAAACUUAUACUGUUUAUAAUGUUGUAUUUGAAAUAAAAAAUUAAUUCUAAUUAAA